AUCCUGCGAAUAAGCGCUACGUCGUCUGCAGAAGCACUAGUCAGUUUUGAGUUUUACAUACAUGGAUCGAUAAAGAUUCGAAACGUUUAAAACCUUUUAUUCUCGUGGCAGCAGCUUUCUAUUAAUUCAACAUGGUGUGACGAGUGUGGCUGUGAUACCCCCCACCUCUCAGAAUGCUUCUCACGCUAUAUUACAUGGCUGCCACAUGGUUCCAAGCCUGGAGAUUAAGCGCGAUACGCGCUAAAGUGAAUGAAAUCAUAGCGCACGGUGCAGGUCUUGUCUUGUACCAUGAACCCGAUGUAUCUGCUGCUGUUCAGCAAGGUGGUUCAACUCGAAUAUGGAGUCAGUUUUUGCGUGGCAUAAGUUCUACACUGUGUGAAAACGAAAAUGAAGCAAGAGUUGUUGACUUACUAUGGUAUCAUGAUUCAAAGAGGGCAUGCUCCAUUCUACCUCAGCAAUUUAUUGAUCUAUCUCCUUGGAUAGCAUUUCCGAAUGAGUCUACUCGGUUUCCCAUUCAAUCUUCAAAAAAGAACUCACCGCCUCUUAUUGCAGAGAGUCGGAUACAUGUCCUCAUUGAAGCAGAGUACCGAUCUCUGUUGGACUGUACCAAAGUGCAUCAUUGUGAGUUGGAACAAUUUGGAAUAUGCCAAGCAUGGCUCGCAGCUGAUACAUUUGGUCUAAUACUGGAAACAGACAUAGAACACCUCAUCAGCUUGUGUGGAUGUUUCAUGGUGGACCGUCUUGCAUUCCACCAAAAUUUGGAGAUGACAAGGAUUCAAACCAUUGUUGCAAAAGGAGAACCCUGUAGGAUGUAUGAAUAUCCACAAAGUCUUAGAGGCUCAGAGGAUCAGGAUAGUGCAACAGGUAUUUCCUUUAUGGAACAGUUACAGUACAUUACAUCUGCUGCCCAAGAUGCGUCAGUGAAUGGAUACCAGGUGCCUGUUAAUGGACAGAAAGAAGUGCUAGUAGUUGCUGGGUCUUCUGAUUCUUUAUCAAAUAUUCCUGAUGUGGAAGAUGAAACUGAUGCUUUCCCAGAUGAAGCAAGUCAGUUACAGGCUGAAUCCUGCAAUUCAAAACAUAUGAGCCGUUUGGAAGAGCCACAUGUUCACAUAGCAUCUGCUGGAGGACGCAGCUCUGAUUCAUUUUGCUCCCAAGAUUCCCUUAGUGGGACUUUGUCUUGCCUUGCAAUAUCACCUAAACCAUCACCUGCUCGGUCAAAUUUUUCAGCAGCUUAUUCUACUCUUUCUUUAUCUUCGAUAUCUUCAACCAUAUCAAAACCUCCCAAUGUUCUUAUUUAUUCAGAUAGCACUGUGGCACAAGACAAUGUUUUAAAUGUUCUUAAAAACACACUGCACAGAUACAAGUAUGUUAUAUACAGCAUGACUCGGCAGUCAUUGUCAUCGAAUCCCUGGAUGCAAGGAACAAGAUUACUUGUUAUAUGUGGAAGCGUUCCUGACUCUCUUGCCCCAAUGUUUCUAUCCUAUGUGCUGAAUGGUGGGCGCAUACUAUGCCUGUGCUCUGACUUUCUUCAUCUUGUUCUACCUACUUUCCGAACAGCCGAAGUCCGUCAGCAUGAAUUAGUACGAUUUUCAUACUCAAGAUGGAAGAAUGUGCCAAUGAUGCACCAUGUCUUUUGCUAUCAAGCAUCUCCUGUUCACACAAGAUUCCCUGUUGGUGAUCCAAAAUCAUCAACAUGUGGCAACAUUGGAAGUGGAAAACCACCUGCAACCCCAGCAACAGUAGAAGUACUGGAUUCUGAAAAUCGCCUUCAUACUCUUCAAGUCCAAGUGCUUGGGACGGAAGAAACUUGGCAGACACCAAGUCUGCUACUAGCGUCAACUGGCUUUGGACCUGGUGCAGGAAAAAUUGUAUUCUCACAGGUUCACCUGGAAGAAGAUCCAUCUCAGUAUGAAAGUGAAGAAGGAAAAUACUCCACUUUGAGGCAAAGUGAUGGAGCAAGAAGAGAAAUAUUACGGGAUCUUCUUGUAUCCCAUCUUGACAUGGAAUGUGGAGACAGCGCUCGGGCUUCCAAUAAUCAGUUUACUCAAGGUUAUUUCCUUGGUCGACACGAGCUGAAGCAAGAGUUCUUGUCAUCUCUUAGAAGCAGAAUGAAUGGAAAUAUUCUGAAGAAUGGUGAUCUGGAACUUCAGUUUUGUGGUAAAGGAGAGAAACCCACUACUGCUAGUGAGCGUCUGUUUCCUAUUCUUCUUCAUUCUUGUCCACCAUCUUUCUCUACAGUGGAAUAUUUUGAUAAUCUGCGCACCGACUGGCUUGGUCGUCUGGUAAUUUAUUCGGAAGCGAUGGGUAGCUCCAUGAAUGUAACAGGAUAUGAGCAACUGUGGCAUGGACUUGCAAUAAUUCCUCGGCAGCAACUUACUGGACGUGGUCGUGGCAGUAAUAUGUGGAUUAGCCCUGAAGGUUGUGCAAUGUCCACUGUCCAGUUGAUUGUACCUCUUUCUUCACCGCUUGGACAACGUGCAUCUCUUAUCCAACAUGUUGUAGCAACAGCUGUUGUCUCGGCUCUCACCAAUCUGCCAGAUGUUGGAAAAGCACUAGAUUUACAUCUGAAGUGGCCUAAUGAUAUCUACAUCUGUUGUGAUAAUGAUCUCAUUAAAAUUGGAGGACUUGUACUCUCAUGCACUAAUAGAGGAACAAAUCUUAUAUGUAAUAUUGGUCUUGCCGUCAAUCUUGACAAUAGAGAUCCAACAACAUGCAUUAAUGAGCAAAUCAUGUUGUAUAAUGCUAGAUCAGGUGGGAAAGUUCCUACUCUUUCUCUAGAAAAGUGGUUGGCAAUAUUCUUUACAGAACUGGAACGUCUGUUGUCUCUGAUGCAAAACUAUUCAGAGGCGCAGGUGAUGGACCUUUACUAUAAAUUUUGGUUGCACAGUGAUGCUGAAAUUGUAGUGCGAGAUACAUCAGGAAAUGAGAAGCAGGUUGUUAUUCAAGGUGUAGAUGAAUUUGGAUUUUUACUUGUUCGAGAAAAAAAUGGUAAAACCUUUACUGUACAGCCUGAUGGAAACACUUUCGACAUGUGUGUAGGACUGAUUGCACCAAAGUAACCGCUUGUGUUCAAACUUAAGGUUUACAUUUCUUUUCUCUUUCACUCAGACUGAAUUCAUUCCUUUCUCUGCCCAAUGAUGAGACUUUGUUGUAGUUGGUUUAUUGCCUAUGUAUUUUUGUUUCUUUUUGGGUUUUUUGUUUUUAUAUAUAUAUUUAUAGUUGUUUUAUUUUAAUAUUAUUGACUGUUAGCAUUGUUGAUACUUAGAUCUUAUCUUGUUAAAAUAAGUCAAAUGUUGUAGCUGUGAAUCCUUGCCCCAAAGAAUACAUUCCAUUCUGUUGAUAAAUGCUGUAAUCUAUUGUGUGUAAUAAAGUGCCCACUUACAAAUGUAAA